UGUGAGGCUGGCGGGGGUGGGCGGGCGCGCAGCCGCCGACCCCUGGUGGUCCCCCGGGCUUGGGUCCUUUCCGGAGGAGUCGGCUGCAGGCGGGGAGGGAAUUGCUGGGAGGCUGAGAGCUGCUCGGCCGCGAGUCCUGUGGGGUCGCGAGCAUGUGGUUUUGGCCAAAUUGGGCGAGGGCACAAAAUAACCACUUACCCCUUCUCACCGAGGAAGAACGGGAGAAAGGGUAUGGCACAGUCAAAAGGCUGGGUGAGAAGAUACUUCAAGGCUUUCUGUAAAGGCUUUUUUGUAGCGGUGCCCGUGGCCGUGACUUUCCUGGAUCGGGUGGCCUGUGUGGCCAGAGUGGAGGGAGCAUCAAUGCAGCCUUCUUUGAAUCCUGGGGGGAGCCAAUCAUCUGAUGUAGUGCUUUUGAACCACUGGAAAGUGAGGAAUUUUGAAGUACAACGUGGUGACAUUGUGUCAUUGGUAAAUAAAUUCAUACUGAGAAGACUGUAACAGAACUUGCCUGAUUUCUUCUGGUUUCAGCUACUUAUAAAAAUGUUUUAAUAUGACUCCCUGUUAUGGUAGUUAGUGCAUUGGGGUAGCAAUUAAUGUAGCAGUUACUAUCAUUUGUUUUAAUGAUAGUAAUAUCCUGGCAUUUGGAGAAGACUUCCAAUUUAUAUUUCUAGUUCUUGAAUUGGAAAGAUUGUUUUUUGUUGGAUGGGAAUUUAUAAUUGUGUGGUAAAAGCAAAACAUGAUCUACUUGUUCAUACUUCACCUUUGGCUAAUGGUUUGUGGAAAUAGAUGUUUCAUAAAUGUGUCUCCUUCGAGCCUGUUUCAUCAGGAUUCAUUUUAAAACAUAUUAACUAAAUCUGGUUAGUAAUUAAUAAAAUAAAUACAUUCAAGCAGAGUUUUGUAUGGCAUACAUCCAAGGAUGGGGAUUAAAUGCUUCUCAUGUUCUUGAGAGCUUUCUUUAAUAUUAACCUACGCUUUUUAUUUUGUCAUUCAGAGUACUUUUUUUGCAACCUCCUUAACAACCUUUUCCAUGCUGGGUUAGCCUGUUGUGUGCUCAUUAUUCUUUUGCCUUUGGUUUGACAAGGUUACAUUCUCACUUAGUCGGUGAUGGAGAGGAUACCCACCCAAGUGAAAGAGGUCACACUAUAAGCAGACAGUUGUGCAGGUUUUUUUUUUUUUUUUUUUUUUCCGUGAGAAACAUGCUGACUAUCCCUAAGCAAGUAAAUUUGAAUAGGUAAUUGGAAAAAAAAGGGCUCCUUGAAAUUCAGGGUUGCAUGGGUCCAUAAAAGUACACUAGCAUAUUGUGGACUAUGUGAAAAAGAGAGCAGUAUUCUCUUAUAUAAAUAUUAAACUAAUUGAUAUUUAUUAUAUAAAUUAAUUUGAAAAUAGUACAUUCGAAUUGGGGUUGACAUAAUAAAUUAUAACUACUUUGGCUGAACUAUAUUUUUAAUGAGUUAAUUAUGUGCUAUAUCUCUAUUAUGUACAAAUAACGCAAAUUUUCUUUCAUAAUGCUUAUUGCUAGCAGGAGCCAUUUACAUACAAGAAUGCUUAGUGAUUGGUAUUAAUUAUUUAACAACAAAUAAUCAUUAAGCAAUGAUUGUUAUUUUUUCGUGAGAAAGAAACAAAAAGUCUUUUGCUAAAUUCUUUUUUAGCAUGAUGUGAUACUAUAUAAAAGACAUUAUUUAAAAUCUGCUUUUAGUUUUAUGAGCAAAAAUGUUUUCUAAAUGUCCUUAUAUUUGUAUGCAUUUUAUAGACUGCUUCAUUUGCAAAGAUUGAUGUUGGUUUGGUUUAUGUUCAUUAAUAUAUAUUUAAUUCAUGUCAACACUGGAUAUUUGCUUUUCUUACAAAAUGUGCCAGUCUGAUUUUAACUUAGAUGUUAAUUAUCAUUACUGUAUCAGAACACUCUAUCUAUUUGAAAAAUAUGUGACUCAUAAGAAAUGGGUGACUAAAUUUGAAUUAGGGCUAAAUUUAAAAUGUAGUUUGUUAUUUUGUUUACAGAUUGAUAUAACAAAUUUCAAUGAUAUACAAAUAACCUUUGGAAACAAGGUAGUAUGAUAAUUUAUAUUUUAAAAAAUCCCGGGACAGCAUUUUAUACAUUCAGUGGGUGCGGAAAUAUGGCAUUUUAAUUAUAAUAUUAUAUAUGCAUUUCUGGAAAACUGCAGUAUGCAAUUUCAUAAAGUAGUAGGGCUUAGGCAGCUUUGUAACUAGAGCACUAAUGAAAACAAUAACAAUUCAGUAAAAGUGCUAGUGUCGUUUAAAAUACAUGUCAUUUUUAAUAAGUAAACAUUGCAGUAGAUGUAGGAUUUAUUUAACCAAAUGGCUGAAGAUGCCUUGAUGGAAGGCUGUGUAAGCAAGGGUUGAGCUUGUCUACGUACUCAAGGGCAGAGGGACAUUUUCAUCAGAAGUUACAACUAGAGAAAAGAUUGCAAGCUUUGUACAAAGUGUACUGAUACCAGAGAUGUAUCCUCUGCUCAUUGUUCAUUGUUAUUUUACUUACUUACCUACUUACUGACUGACUAGUCGACUUCCUUCCUUCCUUCCUUCCUUCCUUCCUUCCUUCCUUCCUUCCUUCCUUCCUUCCUUCCUUCCUCUUUCUUUCUCUUUCUUUCUUUCUUUCUUUCUUUCUUUCUUUCUUUCUUUCUUUCUUUCUUUCUUUCUUUCUUUCUUUCUUUCUUUCAUUUUUUGAACAACGAUUAGGGUUAACCUUGCAAUAAGCACUUCUACGAGAAGAACUGAAUGUGUAAUUCCUGGCUUACUGCUGUUAGUAUACUUAGCCUUCAGUUUCUAUUAGCGAGGCAAUGCACUAAUGAUAAACCAGUGCAGCUUCUGCUUUAUACUGAAACCCAUUCUUCAUAUUGCCUAUGAGCUAAUUCAUGUUAGAGAAACACAUACUGUAGCAGAACAGACUUUUCUAUUGCCGGGGGUUUUGUUCAGAGUCACUGACCAAGGCUGUUCCCUAAAGCAUGGAAGAUCUGAGGGGUACAUAUUAGAAUAUGCUUCUCUGCAUCUCUUAUCUUUUUCUGUCACUUUCUUUAUGUGAAAAGUAGGUCUCAGUGGAGCUAAUGUUUAAGCAUGUUAUUCAGUAAUGUUAAAUCAAAAGGUAUGUUUAUUUAAUAACAUUACUCGUCACAUAAAACAUUAUUUCCUGUCAUCAAGUCCUGAGUAUUACUGAGUGUAUGUAGGUGACAUCAUACUCUCUUAGUGGAUUUGCAAACUAACAGUGGUGAUUAAGGUGGAUUUUCUAUACCUUGGAAUUGACUUUUCAUUAACCUGUGUGAUGGCCUUACUCAAUAGGCUUAACAUAAGUAGCGUAUUUACAGUGAUAUAUCAAUUAACAAAUGCAUCAGGACAGAAGUUCCUUCAUGAUAAAGUUUCAAAUAACCACAUUUAAAAGUCUUUUAACUUUUUAUUUUGAAAUGAUACUAGACUUCAAGAAAGAUUGUAAAAGUAGUACAGGGAGUUCCCAUAUAACUUUAUUAUUUUUUUCAGCUUUAUUGAUGGUGUAAUUGACAAAUAAAAUUGUGGUAUUUAAGUGUACAAUGGGAUGAUUUGAUAUAUGUAUACACUGUGAUAGGAUUCCCCCCCACUGAAUUAAUUAACAUAUCCAUUACCUUACAUAUUUACUGUGUGUGUGUGUGUGUGUGUGUGUGUGUGUGUGUGUGAAUCUUGAAGUUCUACUUUCUAAGCAAAUUUCAGUUAUACAGUAUGUUCAGUUAUAUAGUUAUACAGUAUGUGUAGUAUGUCACCGUGUUAUCCAUUAGAUCCUCAGACUAUUCAUCUUAUCCUCCCUUAAAUUGACAUUGUACACUACCAUGGUACAAUUAUUGAGAUGAGGAGUUGACCUUGACAUAGUACUAUUAACUAAUUGCAGACCUUAUGUGAGUUUCACCAGUUUUCCCACUAAUGUCCUUUUUCUACACCAAGAUCCUAUGCAGGAUCCCAUAUUUCAUUUUUAUUUUUUAUGUCUCUCUAGUCUCCUUGAUCUGUGAUAGUUUGUUCUUUCUUUCUUUCUUUCUUUCUUUCUUUCUUUCUUUCUUUCUUUCUUUUUCUUUCUUUCCUUCUUUCUUUCAGCUUGACACAUUUGAAGGGUCCUUGCCAGUUAUUUUAUUGGAAAAUCCUUACCAUUAGAAAUGUUGGGGUCAAUAUAUGUUCCACUGGAGAAGCACUGCUGUUGAUGGCAGUUGCUGGGGAAGCUCUGGCAGUGGUAAGAGCUGGAGAGGUGGAUUAGACAGGUCAGAGAAGGAAACUUUCAGGCAUAUAAGUCAAUUUGGUUCCUUAGGACCACAUACUUGGGUCAUGACUAAGAGACUCUAUGGCUUCUGAAAGUCCACACAGUCACAUUUACUGCUGCUAGGAAGCCAGGAGGAAGAGUCAUGAAGGUGGGGAGAGCCUAAAAUUUAUAGUAGAGAUAGAAGAGAAGGAACUAAGGCUAGAUCAUGGAUGGUAUUACAUUGAACCCAUGUUCAGUUCUAGAGUAGAAGGUUAGGGUGGGGAAAUUCUCAUUUCAUGAGUACCUCUAUAUAUCAGGCAUUGUGCUAAGUACUUUGUGUAUGCCAUUUUUACUUAAUUUUCCUAACAAUAUCUGGAGAUAGUUAUUUUUAAUACAAUGAAAAUGAGGUUUAGCAAGUAAAUAGCAGAGCCAGAAUGCAAAUCUAGGUCUCCUUGACUCUGAACCUGUCCUCUCCCAUACAGCAGGCAAAUGUGGCUAUUGAGCAGCCAAAGUGGUUGUUGCCACUUGUUAAAAUGGUAAUAUUUUAGAUAUCUUCAGCUAAAUAAAAUACAUUAUUCAGAUUAACUUAACCUGUUUCUUUUUUUUUUAACAUGACAAGUAGAAAAUUCAAAAUUACACAUGUGACACACACACUCUGUUUCUGUUGGACAGACAACACUGUGUCUAAACCUUUUCCAUCAACCAUGCUACUUUCCUGGAGUGUGUCUAAGGUGAGCUAAUGUGAGAUCCUAAAGUCUGGGGUGGAACAAUACUAAGUUAGUUGCUAUGAAGCAAAGGCAGACUCCCAAAUAUAGCUAAACACUUUGUGUUGGUGAGAGUAUUGGGGUAAUCAGGUCCAAAGACAAAGAAAAAAAGACGUACAGAUCUAUGAGAGAGAGAAAACCUGUGUCCUGUAUCCACAACAGGUUUUUUUUUUUUUUUUUUUUUUUUUUUUUUUUUUUUAAGUAGGUUCCAAUCCUAGUGUGGGGCUCGAAGUCACAACCCUAAGAUCAAGAGCCACAUACUCAACUGUCUCAGCCAGCUAGGCACCCCCACUACAGUUUUUAAUAUGUAUUGACUUUAUUGUUUUCCAGUCACUGGGCCAAGAGUUCUGUAUUCAAUUUUAUUGAGUUCUUAUUUUAACCACCCUCUACAAGUAGGUACUGCUGUUAUUCCUAUUUUAUAUAUGAGAACAGUGAGGUAUAGAGAGGUUAAGUAAUUUGCUUAAGGACAAACAAUCAUUGGAAGAGCAAAGUUUUAAAGUGCCUUUUAUCAAAUCCUAUGUUCUUAACCUUCAAACUAUAAAGCCUCUAUAUAUUGCGGUUGUGGUUUGGUUGAGGACACUACUUAUUCUCAGCAAAGAAGCCAAUCAGGCCCUAAUAUCUCUACGUCUAUCAUUUAUCCCCAUUUCUGUAAUGAAAUUUAUGAUAUAGUUAUUCAUGAAAGGUGGUCUCUUCAUUAAUAGAAAUAAGACAUUAUUAUAAACAUAUAGUGUACAUACAGUUUCCACAGCUGUUUUGUGACAUGCUAAACUAAUUGCCACUCUCUGACAGAUGGCCACUAUGACGGUGACAGCUCUAGCAGUGAAUGUUAGCAAAGAGUUAUGAAGAUUUCAGCCAGGGAAAUAGAUGAAAUAGAAUAGAGCCUUUGAAAAAAAAAAUGAAAGGUGCUAGUUCCUUUGUGUCGUGAUUACUUGUAAAUCUUUAAAGAUCCCUUGAUCCAUGAAGGUAAAUUAAUUGGAAUCUGCUAAAAAACCAAAUUCAGGUUUUGAACAAAUGCUUAGAGCAAUGAUAAUACUGUAUAAUGACCCAUAAUUGUAUUAAAAGCCAGUUAUCUGUUGAGCUGGAAGAAUAUAAUUGUGGAUGCUUAUCUAUUAAAUCUGUGCUCAUUUUUAAUUUUUGUUUAUAGCCAAAUAUUUUUCUGAGUUUGUACGUAAUAUUGUAUGUUUCAGGAACACAAAUUUAAAAAGACCACAACUUUUAUUUUUAUUUAUUUAUUAAACAUUUUUUAAUGUGUAUUUAUUUUUGAGAGAAAGAGACAGAGACAAGCGAGGUGGGGGGUGGGGCAGAG